AUGGAGCCAGCACCAUACGAUGGGUCUGUUGUUGGAAAAAGGGGCGAUAUCACCGAGAUAGGCGAGCAAGCUCUGCAUGAAUAUGCCGUCAAACGUGGAGAUCUCUUGAUAACACGUAUUCUCAUCGACUCUGGCGUUUCUCCCUGUGACAACCCCAAGAAAAGCCACCAACCAGUGCUCAUAGCAAAACGUCAUGGAUGGCAGCAUAUUGUGGAUUUCUUGAUCAGUGCGGGGGCUGACGAUAUCAAUCCUUUUGAUACAGAUAAGUACCCCAUCGACUCGCACAAUUUCAGAGAUGGCUAUUAUCCUUUGAAGCAAAUCAAGACACCGCGGCAACUAUGGCACAUACAAGGCAAAUAUUGA